GUUUACAGUAUGCUUCACUGGUUUUUUGUCGGAGAUAUUUAAAUUUUGCAUUCAAUAAAUAAAUUUAAAACUAUUACAAGAAACAUGGCUGACAUAAUGUAUAUUGUUGACAUUUACCGGUAACCAGUAACAUCAGACAUAAUUACAAAUUUGAGAACAAUGUCAACAGAAGAUGAAAAAAAGAAAUAUUGGUGUGAUCAAAUCAAAUCUAUGAUUGGACCCUGUAUGAUAACAAUUGCAAUUCCAAUGAUGAUACCGGGCUUUACGAUUACGUUUGUAGCUUUCGCAGAAAAAAAUGCCUUCCCGAAAUACGGUGCUCUACAUGUUGUUGGAAUUAUAAUCUUGGGAAUAGCAUUUAUUUUGCUUUUACUUGGUUGUUUACUAAGGUUUCAUUGGAAACCGUUUAUUUCUCCAGAUUUAGAAAUGCAUUUAUCACCGAUGGGUUCUGCUCGCCACUUGCGGUCUGACAGAAGUAGGUCUGGGAGUUUAAAAGGUGAAAAGGUGAAAGAUCCUCAAAGUGAAAAUAAUUCAAAAUCCAGGCAAAACGGUUUAGCCACAGAGCGAGAUAGGAUGGACAAUAUUCCACCAAAAACAGAAGUUAAACCCGAAUCAGAGACGGAUGGUACAGCUAGCGAAUCUGAACUGAGAAAAUCGUUGACAGGUAGUAUUGAGCGAAAGUUUGAUAUAAUUUCGUCCCCUAGGAGUCGUAACCUCAGACCAGUUAACACUGACUCAUUCGAUGAAGAUUCGAACGAUGCAGGUACAAACCACUUUGAAGUUGUGAAGUCAUAUGAAGCUCUUCAGGAGUUUAGGAGGAAGAAAAAAAGAGGCAAGAAAAGAAAUCAGAAAGAAAAACUAUCUGAUAACGAAACAGUGAUUAGUAAGACAUUGGUUUCGGAAUCCCUUUACGAGAUUAAUCAAAAUAAGGAUCAAAACACUAAAUCCACCCAUAAUUCGGAAUGCGAAAGUGACAAGAAAAAGAAAAAAAAUAAAGAAAGUGAAAAUAGAGUAACUGAGACCAGCAACCCAGUGGAAACAGAAAAACAGAGUAAUAACAAUACAGUCGAGAAGAAGACAAAACGCAAAAAGAAAAAGAAAAAGGUUUUAAACUCUCUACGAAAUGAACAAGAAAGAUCUGGAAAUAAGAAUUCUCAGAUUUUGUCCUCCAUGUAUGCAUCAAGUGAUGUACAUAACAAUCAAAAUGAAGAACAUGAUUCGGACCAAUCAAAUGUCAGUAUUGGUUCUGUAGAUUCUGUAUUAGCACAAUACACAUCAAGGUCAUCGAAAAGUCAGAAAGACAUUCCAUAGAAAGCCCUAUCAUUUAUAAUUUAAAUGUUCACUCUGUAUAUGAUAUAUUGUCAUUAUCAUAAAGCAUAUUGUCGACGUAUAUUUGUUCCUGCUAACAGAAGUUCCUUUGGCAACUUAUAAAUAAUACUAGAAUAUCUGUUCCUGUUGGAACACAUAUUAUAUGCUGUUAUAUGUCUUCCAGCUAAAAUAAUAUUCCAGAAUAUUUUUUCUAUUUGAAAAGUAUACUAAGAUGAACUUCAAUUCCAUGAUAAUACGACAAUGUUUUAUGACAAUGGUUGUAUGAUGCGCUUUAAGGUUUACAUAAAGAUAGUUUUCCUAGGCUAUAACGAUAUAGCAUGAGCUAUAAAAUAUCUAUUUUAGAUUAUUUCUAUACACGUAGGAGCAAAUGUUACCGUUUUGUUUCUUUUAAUAGUCUUUUCUUUAAUAACUUGAGGCUCAAUGUUUCCAUUUGAAACAAUUAAUUUGGAAAUGAUUUAACAGCGACUAUUUUGUUAAAAAUUUAAGAGGUGCGCUAUAAUCACAAGAAAACUGGUCAUAUAGUCAAUCGAGCCAGAGUCAUUAAUUUUGCUUACAUGUUAGCAUUGUACAACAGAAUCGUUUCAGAGUAAUUUAUCGAUGAAAAAUGGACAGAAACAUUGCUUUUUUCGUUAUUUUUGUCAGUUUGAAAACAGUGCGAAUAUCGAUGUCAUACAAAAUGGUAUAAAGUCAAUAACUAAUCUGUGGAUUACAGAAAUUCAUUAUUAUUGUUAAUUUUAUUUUUAACAUUGAAAAGGCAAUAAGUUUAUUAUUGAAUGCUAGUAUGCUCCCUUUUUAUUAACAACUACGCACAUGAUAUUUAAAUUUUAUUGGUGCCUAAGAUUUACGAUCUAUAGGAAGGUUGUUAACCUCUAAGAAUUUGAUUUUACGACACAAUUUCCCUUUGUUAAAAAUCACAGGCUUCAAAUAUUAUAGUCUGAUUUAUACCAUUGACUGUCUUUUAACACAUUCAAAUAUUGUUAUGUUUUAGCCUGGACCAUCUAUUGGUGUCUUUUUAACAGACCAGACACAUUUACUUGUAAAUCAAUCUGAGAAUGCCUGGUUCUAAAUGUUAUUUCACAUCACUUUUCACAUUUUCAGAAUUCUUACAUCAAGAUCAGCUUUUAAAAAUCCAAAGGAUAUAAAAGUCUUUCAUUUAUAGCACGACUGUGAUAUAUUUGUUUUUAUUAAAGUACAUAAUUGUACAUGCACUUGUUAUUUUCUUAAGUAAAAACAUUAAAUUUGAAUUGCA